AUGGAUAACCAGAGAGUGAUCUAUUCUGAACUGAAUCUUCCCCCAAACCCAAAGAAGCAGCAAAGAAAACCUAAGAACCCUAAAAGUUCCAUUUCAGAAUGUGAACAAGAAAUAACGUAUGUGGAAUUACACCUUCAAAGAGAAGUUCAGGAUUUUCAAGGGGAUGGCAAAGCUUACCACUGCAAAGGCUUGCCAUUCCCUCCAGAAAAGCUCAUUGCUGGGAUCCUGGGAAUCAUCUCUCUUGUCUUAAUGUUCACUGUGGUAACCAGACUUGUCAUUCCCUCUCCAAUAGCACAGACGCAGAGCAAUUCUUCGCAGAACAUAGGAACUCAGAAAGCAUAUCAAUGUAGUCGUUGUCCAGAAGAGUGGUUCACAUAUUCUACCAAUUGUUAUUACAUUGGUAAGGAACACAAAACUUGGAAUGAGAGUUUGAUGGCCUGUGCUUCUCAGAACUCCACUCUGCUUUACAUAGAUAGUGAAGAAGAAAUGAAAUUUCUGAACUCCCUGUUUCUUUGGUCAUGGGUUGGAGUUUUUCGUCAGAGCAGUGGUCAUCCAUGGGUGUCAAUAAAUGGCUCAACGUUCAAACUUAACAUAGAAGAAACAGGACUUGGUGAGCAUAAUUGUGCUUUGCUACUACUCUAUACUCUUCAACCAGAUGUAUGUGGAUAUUCAACAAUUUAUAUCUGUAAGCACAAGCUUUAG